AUGGGUUUUAACAUAAUGAUGUUGUUUUGCCUGGCUGUAUUUCCUUCUGUUCUUUCCCUGAAUCUGAAUAGGAUUCCCCAGGCCCCUAAACCGACCAAACCAACCCCCAUGGCAUGGAAGUUCCAUGUAAUUGCCCUAGAAAAUUGCAACAAGACCAUUGCCUCUACCUUCUGUCCAGUGACAGGAUGUGCCAGCACUAUCAGCCUCACCUUUGAUAUAAGGGACACCUGCAUAGGGAAAUGUAUAAAUGACCUCUACAAUGCUAUGACCUCUCCUAUAUAUGUUUGCUUCCUAUAUGAACAAACUCGCUCAGAAUGUAAGGACCCAAAUUAUGGAGGAUGUCCUUACUGGAGCUGCAAAUAUCAUAGCACUUGGCCCAGCUGGGGAGGAGAAAACCCAUCCAGACUGAACUCGGUUGAUUGGCAUACUAGGGUCACCUACUCUAUCCCUGACCCCUGGAAUGACAGAUGGAGAACAGGGGUCGAGGGUUAUGUCUAUAGACAUAACGAGAGGGAUACAGCCUAUGAUGGGAAAACUAAGAUAUUCAUCUUUAGAAAGUUAGCCAAGUUUAUACAUCCAAAUUCCUUAAUUUGA